CCCUUUCUCCCCCUUUAUGCCGAGUGGUAACAACGGAGCGAUAUCUAUCAUACGACUGGUGCAUUUAGCCCAACAAUGUUGCUUUCGUGACUCGCAAACAAAGGCUAAAAGUCUACGGUGCUAUUGACGGCUAUUAAUUAAGCAUUCAGGUAAUACUCAGAAAAAUGCUUGUAAGUCUCUGCCUCAGCCUGUCUCAACCUGCCUCAGCCAGCCACUGACCCGGACUUUUGACUUGCUAUCUGGAGCUGCCUCCUUCCAUUCCACACAUUCACCGUCAACGUCUGCUCUGUUUCUUAAACCACAUCAACACCACACACUGCGUUUAGUCCCAUUCCCCAACCACAACAUUCUCAUUAUCCAUCCUCCCUUCCUCAACCCAGCUUCGAAACCUUAGGUAUCCACUGAGUUUCAAACAAAACGAGCCAGAAUGCGCCUGUAUCUUCAUCUUUUCCUUGCCGCCAUUCUCGCUCAAAGCUGUCUCGGCGAAACAGUAACUCGCAACCAAACACACAGAUUGCUUCACUUGGAUUCAAGGGCCAUUCAGAACGCUUCAUUUCACACUGGAAAUCCCACCGGCAACCAAUCGGCAUCCUUAACUUCCCACAACAAUUUUAUAAAUUUCUGCAUUUCGAAGCAUGCGCUUGGAGCAAGAUUGAUGAACGGAACCCAAUCGCGUAACAAUUACAGCUGCAAUAGUAUUCCUAUGGGGAUGAUCGUCGCACCCGAACAAAUGCCGUCUUGUAAAUUCAAGCACCCGCACAACCUCUCGAAACUAAAAGCAAACAAGCAGUUCAACAUUAUCUUAGAGAUCAAGAAAAUGGUCACUGGGAAUUUUGUGAAUCCGAACGCAAGCUAUUUUGCUGCUCCACAGCGACUUUCCAGCGAAACCAAAGAAAUUAUUGGUCACGCUCAUGUGGUCAUUCAGAGUAUUCCAAGUUUAAAAUCGACCGCGGUCCUCGAUCCGCGCAAGUUUGUAUUCUUCAAAGGAAUUGAUAACCCAGUAUCCAAGGACGGGACUUCCACAGUGGUAGUCACAAGGGGUUUGCCUGCUGGCACUUAUCGCUUGGGAAGUAUAUUGACGGCUGCCAAUCACCAACCUGUUCUAGCUGGAGUUGCUCAAAGAGGACUUUUUGAUGAUGUGGUGUACUUCGUUGUAGAAUAAUUAUGUCAUUGACCCAAUAGUUAUUCACACUAGAAGUAUGCAUCUUACAAGGAUUGAUCCUAAUGUCAAUUCAUAGCUGAAAUAUUAUCAAAUUUCAAAUGAGAGAAUGGUUACAAAACACAACUAGUCUUGAUGCCCAAGAUCAAUAUAUUUCUGGGCCUGAAUGUUGCUG